GUCCAUUUGCGCACGCGCGCUUCCUCAGUGAGAUGGAGCGUCGGGCUCCUUUGUUGGCUCGAAACCGGCUCCGCUCGCUCGGAAGACUGGGAUACUAGGUCUGAGGCUAAUAAUUCAAUUCCAAAAGAGUAAAUUUCUGGAGAAAGAUCAUCUCAGAUGAUAGUAAUGGAAUCACAGGCUAGUCCCUCUGACUCCAAGUUAAGAGAAACCAAGGAAUCUGAUGUUUGGUUAAAGAAACAACUGGUAAAUGAGGAGAGACAUCUGAAGCAAGCAACAAUCACCCACAAUGAAACUCCUAAAGAAUGUAGUCAGUUUGGAAAAAUAUAUAGUUUAAAGUCAACCCUUGUUACAACACAGAAAGUUCCUCUAGAAAAAGCACAGCAUAAAUGUGAUAUGCAUGGAAAGAACUUCAAACAGAAUUCAAAUACAGUUAAACAUCAGGGAAAUACAGAGAAGAAAACAUAUAAAUGUAAUGAAUGUGAAAAAGUUUAUAGUGACCACUCAACCCUUACUCAGCAUUAUAUAAUUCAUACUGGAGAGAGACCCUACAAAUGUAAUGAUUGUGGAAAAGCAUUCAGUCGGAGCUCAUCCCUUAAUAAGCAUCAGAGGAUACAUACUGGAGAAAAACCCUAUGAGUGUAAUGAAUGUGGAAAAGCCUUUCUUCAGAGCACACACUUUAUUCAACAUCAGAGAAUUCAUACUGGAGAAAAACCUUAUGGAUGUAAUGAAUGUGGGAAAUCUUUCAGUCAAAGCUCCUAUCUCAAUCAACACCAGAGAAUUCAUACUGGAGAGAAACCUUAUGAAUGUAAUGAUUGUGGGAAGACAUUCAGCCGGAGUGCACACCUUACUCAGCAUCAGAGAAUUCAUACUGGAGAGAAACCAUUCAAAUGUGAUGAAUGUGGGAGAGCCUUCAGUCGCAAUUCUUCCCUUUUUGAACAUCAGAAAAUUCAUACUGGAGAGAAACCCUAUGAGUGUAAUGAAUGUGGCAAGGCCUUCAGCCAGAGCACACUUCUUACACAACAUCAGAGAAUUCAUUCUGAUGAUAAAUCAUAUAAGUGUAAAGAAUGUGGAAAAGCCUUCAGCCGGAGCUCAUGCCUUUCUAAACACCAGAGAAUCCACACUGGAGAGAAACCUUAUAAUUGUAAUGAAUGUGGGAAAUCUUUUAGCCAAAGCUCAUGCCUUUCCAAACAUCAGAGAAUUCAUACUGGAGAGAAACCCUAUGGUUGUGAUAUAUGUGGGAAAGCCUUUAGUCAGAGCACACACCUUACUGAACAUCAGCUUAUUCAUACUGGAGAAAAACCUUAUGAAUGUAUUAAAUGUGGGAAACUGUUUAGUCGUAAGUCAUCUCUUCUUGAACAUCAGUUUAUUCACACUGGAGAAAAACCUUAUGAAUGUAUUAAAUGUGGAAAAACAUUUAGCCGAAAAUCUUCCCUUAUUGAGCAUCAGUUUAUUCACACUGGAGAGAAACCUUAUAAAUGUAAUGAAUGUGGGAAAACCUUUAGCCAGAGCAGUAAUACACAUUUGGAAAACCAUUGGAGAACUCACUCUGGGGAGAAGCCAUAUAAAUGUAGUGAAUGUGGAAAAGCCUUUAGUUAUGCUUCAUCCCUUACAAAACACCAUAGAAUUCAUACAGGAGAGAAGCCCUAUAUAUGUAAAGAAUGUGGUAAAGCUUUCAGUGAGAGCUCAAACCUCAUUCAACAUCGGAAAAUUCAUACUGGAGAAAAACUCUAUAAAUGUAAAGAAUGUGGGAAAGCCUUCAACAAGAAUUCGUCCCUUACCCAGCAUCUCAGAAUCCAUACAGGAGAGAAGCCCUACAACUGUAAGGAAUGUGGGAAAGCCUUCAGCGAGUACUCAAACCUGAUUCAACAUCAGAAAAUCCAUACUGGAGAAAAGCUCCAUAAGUGUAAUGAUUGUGGUAAAGCCUUCAACAAAAAUUCAGCCCUUACUCAGCAUGUCAGAAUUCAUACAGGAGAGAAGCCCUACAAAUGUAAGGAAUGUGGAAAAGCUUUUAGUGAAAACUCAUCCCUCACUCAACAUCUGAGAAUUCAUACUGGUGAAAAACCUUAUGAGUGUAAGGAGUGUGGGAAAGCCUUCAACCGGAGCUCGUCUCUUAAUAAGCAUCAGAAAAACCAUUCUGGAAAGAAGCCCUAUAAAUGUAAAGAAUGUGGAAAAGCUUUUGGCCAGAGUACCCAUCUUGCUCGACAUCAGAGAACUCAUACUGGAGAAAAACCUUAUGAAUGUGAAAAAUGUGGGAAAGCCUUCAGCCAGGGGACACAUCUUACUAAACAUCAGUUCAUUCACACUGGAGAGAAACCUUACGAAUGUAACGAAUGUGGAAAAGCCUUCAGUGAGAACUCAUACCUUAUUAAACACCAGAAAAUUCAUGAGGAGUAUAAACCAUAUAAAUGCCAACAUGGGGCACGUGGGAAAAUCUUCAGGCAGUUUUCAGACCCAGUUAAGUGUAAGAGAAUUCGUGUAGGUCAGAAAGCUUAUAAGUGUAAGGAAUGCGGGAAAACCUUCAGUGACUGCUCAACUUGUAUUCGGCAUCAGAGAAUCCACACUGGAGAGAAACCCUACAAAUGUAAGGAAUGUGGGGAAGCCUUUACUCGAAGCACAUCCCUUAUUGAACAUCAAAGGACUCACACUGGAGAAAAACCCUAUGACUGUAAUGAAUGUGAGAAAGCUUUCACCCGGCGCUCAUCCCUUAUCAAACACCAGAGAGUUCACACUGGGGAGAAGCCCUAUGAAUGCAGCGCCUGUGGGAAAGCCUUCAGUCAUGGCUCAGCCCUCAUCAUCCACCAGAGAAUACACACUGGAGAAAAGCCCUAUAAGUGUAAUCAGUGUGUUAAGGCCUUCAGUAAUAGUUCAGCUCUCAUUAGACACCAGCAGCAUCACAACAUAUAGACAGGCCCACGAUGGGCCUCCCCUCCAGCAGAAAGGCUCUUUACUGGUCCUUUGGCCCUCUCCUCUCAUCUGCCUUCCCCAGCUCUUUGGUUCUUGUGACCCACCUCUCUUCCAGAUCACCCACCCUGGGGACUGUUCAUCCCCCUGGCCUAGGUUCCCUGCUGUGGCUUAUUUUUAUAGAUGCCCUCUUCUCACCUUCCUCUGCCUGGCAGAGUCUCUCUACUCAAGAAUUACCUUAUCAUGAAUAGCCCCAAAUCUCUCCGAAUCUCUUCUCACCUUCCUCUGCCUGGCAGAGUCUCUCUACUCAAGAAUUACCUUAUCAUGAAUAGCCCCAAAUCUCUCCGAAUCUCCUAGUUUGACUAUUGCCUCCCACCCUAUUUCUUUUCUCCUAAACUUAGUCACUGUUCUGUGUGUCCAGUGUCUCAAGCUUGGCCGCUUGGUCUUACCAUCCUCCCCCUUAGCCAUUGCAUCCAUUCCCAUUAAUUCAGUGAUCAUUCUGUUUGAGGGGUGUGUGUGUGUGUGUGUGUGUGUGUGUGUGUGUGUGUGUGCGCGUGUGUGCGCGCGCGCGUGCACCGCUCAGGCGCGCACAUCGCGCCAUCCUAGCUGCCUCUUCUACCACUCCACAUGAAUGACCCACCAGUGCCUCAGAAAGAUAUUUCCAAAACCCAAAUGAUCUUCCCUCAAAGCCCACCCGUUCUGAGCUCUCUUUCGGUUUAUGAUUCCGCCCUCCCACCGGCUUGGAAAUCUUGAUUUCUACGCCGUGUGGUGGGUAAAGCGUUGGAUUUGGAAUCUGGAAGAUCGGACUCCACGCGCUGCCUCUGACGCUUAUUAGCUAUGUGUUUAUUCAGUUCAAUGACAAAGAUAGAUUCCAUUCUGAGGAGCGUGGUGAGAUCAGGAUCGCGGCCUAAAAGCUAGAAGCAGCUUCAGAGACCAUUUAGACCAGGCAUUCUUAAACGGGGCCAUUGAAAAUAGUUUGAGAAGUGUUUCGCUGGACAUCAUUUCCUUUCUAAUCCUCUAUAUCUUAUCCAUUUUCAAACCUCAUUCUGAGAAGAGGCCCAUCGGUUUCACCAGGCCGCAGAAGAGAUCCAGGACCCUCCAAAGACCCCAAGCUGCUCGUGCAAGCUUCCCAAUUGAAGAUGAAGCAGCAGGCCCAGGGAAGUCGAGGGGCAUGUGAAGCCUCAGGCGGCCUGAGCUGCUGUGCUCAUGCUGGCUGUUUAGUCUUUUGCAUUUCCUACAGAAUCUCCAAGUGGGAGGACCAGACAGACCGAAGAGGCUCUGUGGUGUAGCUCCGCCCGUGCCUGUUUUCCGGCUCCCCACUGAAGUGGGCUUGUCCCUUCUUUGGGACCCUCUUUCCUCCUGUUAACUAAACAAAACAAAAGAAAACAAAACGCUUUUCUGUUCUUCACUUGUCAAUUCUGGCUUCUUCAGCUGCUUUCACAGCCCCAUACUCUUCUCCCAGUGCUCAUUGAAGCCAACUCCUUCAUUUGACAUGUGGGGGAACCGAGGCCCCAAGAUGUGAAGUUACUUACCCAGGGCCACACAGAGGGUAGCAGAAGCACUCAACCUCAAGUCCCUUUGAGUCCAAAGUCAGUGUGCUUCCCAGGCGAUGGCAAUGCUGCUCCUGUCCACUGUCCAUUCUUCAGUGCCUAGGGGAUCCACCUCCAUCUCUUUCUUUCUUCAGAAUUUCAUUCUUGAGAGCUUCCCAUGCCUUCUGGGCAAACUUGUGUCGCUUUGUAGUCCCUGGGAUAUCCUGUUCAUUCUUUGCCUGAGCAGCCUUUUGAAACCCGCUCUCCCCAAGGCUGGGUGAGUGGCAGCCUCUGCCCUCCCUCCCCAUUCAGAAUAGAAUUUCCCCUUCUUGCUCCCUCCCCUUUUCCUAAUAAGAGGAUGUCAGGUGAACAUAUGCUUUGGACUCAAGCGGAUAGACGUCCAGGGAACUGAGGCGGUCCUCCCCUGCGGGAGCGCGCUUCCCCAGCCUGUGAUCCGUGUCCCAGCCACCUCUGGGCCUUCCUUGUGUCCUGGCACAGCCCUGGUGCCCUUUGCUGCCUCCUUGCCCACAGCCUGGCGUUCCCAGAUGGCCGCCUUCCUAGCAGGCCCCCUUUGGUCUGCCCUAUUUCAUUUUUUGAUUAAGGCACAGGUCUUCUCCCAUAAAACCCAGUGCCAGUCAUUGAUUGGGAGUCCUUGUUCCGCUAACUCGGUGGCCGAAGUGUGUCCACACACCCAAGGCCAAGGGUUUGGUCUCUUGCUCCUUUCUGGGAUUUUGUCUCCAACAGCCUUCUCAGUAUGGACCAGGACUCUUCUCACGGUGACUCUUCCUCCCCACCGUACCCAGCUGCGUGAGGACAGGGAGUCGUCCUGCCCACGUCUCCCUUCUUUUCAGCUUACCACCCUUGCGAGUGGCUUUGCAAGACUUGAGGCAAACACAUUCUUGUCUUUACCUUUUGCAUUUUUCAUCCUAAAUAUAAUGGACACUAGGAAAUGAGAUACAAAGUAGAACAGAAAAAGGAUUGUGUGUAAGAACACAAAUCUGUUAUGGGUAGCUUGCUUUGUGAAAGUUCAAUAAUAAAUUCAAUGUGUUACUUUGCAAGUUGUGCUGCUUGCCUUUAUUUCCCUCAGAAUUUCCUUCACUCUUCAGGGCAUUUUUCACAAAUGCUUCAGUGACUCUUGGCUUUUUUUUUUCUGUGGCCACCCUAUCGCUAGCUUCUUUUCCUCCCUUGAGUCCCACUCCUACCACCAAUAGGAAAAGAGAACACGAUUCUUGUAACAAGCCCCACUGAGCCAAACAAAGCUACAUAUUUAGGCAAAUCUUUUCAGCUCUUAUUAGCUGCCCUUUGUUGUGUUCCGGCGUCCACGAAUCCAAAGCUUGUUCAGAUGCCCCCUUCUUAUUCGAUUCCCCCAAAAUGCUUUUCAGAAUGAAUUCUGCACCUUUGAUAGACAAAAGUGAUAAAAACACCACCUGUUACCUGAGACUAGAGUGGAUAGCAGCCUGGAGUCAGCAAGUCCUGACUUCGAAUCCUGACUCAAGACACAGUAUCUGAGUGACCCUUGGCAAGUCUGUUUGCCUUAGUUUUUCUCAGCUAUAAAAUGGGGAUAAUGAUAAUGUCUGCCUCCCAGGGUUGUGAGGGAGGAUCAAAUAAGAAUAUUUGUAAUAAAAAAAAAUAUUUGCAAAGCACUUUGCAAACCUUAAGGUGCUAUAUAAAUGUUAGCUAUAAUUAUUAUAAUUAAGGUACUCGGCGUCUUGCCCAGUGCCUUGUAAUCUUUGGCAAUGCUUUCUGGGUUCCCUUUGGAAUUAGGAUUUGUGCUUUGUGAAUCACCAGAAGUCACCCUCAGGCCUGAUGAGCCUUGGGACUUGACAAAUUCUCACUGGCUCACAGCUUGGAGAGGGGAAGCCCAGAGACCUCCUCAUGAACAGUUGACAAUUGCUGCCUCGGCCCCUUGGCCAAGCCCCGCGUUGCCUCUUGCCACUAGUGCCUCAGCUGCUCCGUCUCUGGCCUCUCUUCCCUCCAGCCUUCCCCUCAUAAGCUGCCCUGACUGGCAGGUCUGCUCUUCUCCCAACCAUCAGAGCUCCCCCAUCCACCUCUCCAGGUUCAUUUCACACUGCAAUCCCACUGCCCUUUUACAUUCCAGCCAAACUUGGCUCCCAGAUCCAUUCUCUGCCCUCUGGCACCUCCGUUGGCCUUCCUCCUCUCUCUCCACCAGGCCCGUUGGUUGCCUCUGUCUCCAUUAAGCAAGCUUUGCCUGGCGUAGCCCUGCCCCCUAUGGGAAAGGGAUCUCUUAAAUUUUCAAAGAGCAUUUAUUUAACCUCUCUCACCCUCCUACCCCAUACACUUAUUAGUACAGCUUCCUGUUACCCACACAGACCCACACAAUGAGAUUGCAAGCUUGAGGGCAGAACUUCAUUUUUG